AUGCAGGCAUCAAUUACCGAGAUUCUCCUGAGCCUUAUUCGUGCAGGUCUUAUCAACGGCCUUGUUCCACUCGGCAUUUUAUCAGGCGCUAUGCAGCCCACUCAGCUGUCUUAUCUAUGGUCACUGGAUAUCUUAUCCCUCUUUCGAGCUCGUGCAUUACAGGGAUGGCGAAAGAUAGUCUUCGUGGUUGCUGUACCCCUCUUGUUCGCUUUGACGGCGCUGGUUGGACCGUCAAGUGCUGUUCUUAUGAUCCUACGUGCGGGUGUUCCACGCACAACAUCAAGCGGAGCAUAUUGGGGAGUAGCAUCUGAUCAAGCUUCGUACCCUUCUCAAAUUCCUAUCACAAACUUUGACUUGUAUAUACCUUAA